AUGGCCCCUCAGAAGAAGAGCAAGAAGGAUGCCAACAGCAUCAACUCUAAGUUGGCGCUGGUCAUGAAGUCCGGCAAGGUCACUCUUGGCUACAAGUCCACGCUGAAGAGCCUUCGUUCCGGCAAGGCCAAGCUGAUCAUCAUCGCUGGCAACACCCCUCCCCUCCGCAAGAGCGAGCUGGAGUACUACUCCAUGCUGUCCAAGGCUCCCAUCCACCACUUCGGCGGCAACAACAUUGAGCUCGGCACCGCUUGCGGUAAGCUCUUCCGCUGCUCCACCAUGGCCAUCCUCGAUGCUGGUGACUCCGACAUCCUGAGCGACCAGCAGGCGUAA